AUGGCUAAUGGCCAGCAACAGACUCCACGUAUAAUCAUCAUAGGCGCGGGGGUCGGUGGCCUCACUUGUGGCAUCCGUUUGAAGACCAAACUCAAGCUUGAGAACUUCACGAUCUAUGAGAAAUCGGAGGAAAUCGGAGGAACAUGGAGAGCCAAUACAUAUCCAGGCUGCUCGUCUGACGUGCCGGUUCACUGGUAUAGUUUAUCAUCCGAUCUGAAUCCAACUUGGAGCAAAUCGCAUGCCUUGCGUCCCGAAAUCCAGGACUACUGGUUCGCUCUAACGGGGAAGUAUGGUCUAUACAGUAAUCUCGUCUUCAACACGCGCGUCGUAUCAGCAGACUGGGAUGCAACCAAGCAUGCGUAUGCUGUCGUCAUCGAGGAUGUGUCGACUGGAAAUCGGCUGCAUACUUCAGCUGAGAUCGUAAUAUCCGCGGUUGGUGUGCUCGAGCAGCCAUAUCUGCCAUACAAAGAGAUACAUGGCAUAGAUAACUUCAAAGGGCAAUCUUUUCAUUGCGCAAAAUGGCCACAUGAGAUUGAUCUCCGCGACAAAAACGUCGCCGUCAUUGGCAAUGCUUCGUCUGGUGCUCAAUUCAUACCAGCUAUCACAGAGGAUCCCACGACAAAGGUCGUGAACUUCAUUCGGACACCGGUGUGGUUUAAUACCAGGCCUCAUAUACCCUAUUCAAAUGUUGAGAAAUGGGCGUUUAAGAACAUCCCAAUGGUUAUGAAAUUUCACCGAGCCUGGAUUAUGUUCGACGUACGGCUUGCAGAUAGUGGUUAUCUUGCCAGCACACAUCGACCUAACUUAAGCCUGAAUUUCGAUGGGAUCAGUGAAGUUGUUGGAGAUGGUCUUGUCACUAGAACAGGGGAAAUGUUACCUUUCGAUGUCAUCAUCUACGCUACUGGCUUUGUUGGUGAUAAAUAUCCUGUGCACGUCAAAGGAUUUAACGAUGUCACUGUGCGCGGGUACUACAAAGUUCAUGGCGGUCCUACGGCCUAUCGCGGGACCACCAUACCUGGCAUACCGAACUUUUACAUGAUCGCAGGUCCCAAUACAGGAACCUCGACAUCAACCCUUUUUGUAGAAGAGGUUCAGGUGGAAUACAUCUUACAAAUGAUCCAACCUGUCCUCGACCAUCGCCUUACGUGGCUGACUGUCAAAGACGAUGCGACGGAUGCGUACAACAGGCGACUCCAAGCGCGCCUGUCGCAAUCAGUACAUUCAGAAUGCUACUCGUGGCAGCGCGUCGACGGGACUGGCAAGAUCUUCAAUCCGUUUCCCUGGGCGGUGAUCCUAUGGUGGUGGCGACUUCGUUGGCCCAGGUGUAACCGCGAUUAG